CACUUCAGAGAGCACCUUGAUAAGCUUUUUGCAAAAGGAAUUGGAAUGCUGGACAUUGCUUUAAAUGAAGCUUUCAACAUGCUCAAUGAAUUCAAUCACACGGGACAAGGAAGUAUUUGCAGCCAAGCCAUAAUGCUGAUUACCGAUGGAGCUGUGGACACAUAUGAUACAAUAUUUGCAAAGUAUAACUGGCCAGAUAGAAAGGUUCGUAUUUUUACCUAUCUGAUUGGAAGGGAAGCUGCUUUUGCUGAUAACCUGAAGUGGAUGGCCUGUGCUAACAAAGGGUUUUUUACUCAGAUCUCAACCUUAGCUGAUGUUCAAGAGAAUGUCAUGGAAUACCUCCAUGUUCUGAGCCGCCCAAAGGUUAUUGACCAAGAGCACGAUGUAGUGUGGACUGAAGCCUAUAUUGACAGCACUCUCCCUCAGGCUCAAAAGCUUGCUGAUGAUCAGGGAUUGGUGUUGAUGACAACUGUUGCCAUGCCAGUAUUCAGUAAGCAAAAUGAGACUAGAUCAAAAGGGAUUCUUCUGGGAGUAGUCGGCACUGAUGUCCCUGUUAAAGAACUUUUAAAAACUAUUCCAAAAUACAAGUUAGGUAUUCAUGGAUAUGCUUUUGCAAUUACAAACAACGGAUAUAUUUUGACUCAUCCAGAACUUAGGCCUUUGUAUGAAGAAGGGAAGAAACGAAGGAAGCCCAACUACAGCAGUGUGGAUCUUUCUGAGGUCGAGUGGGAAGACAGAGAUGAUGUGCUCCGAAAUGCGAUGGUGAAUCGGAAAACAGGAAAAUUCUCCAUGGAGGUGAAGAAGACAGUGGACAAAGGGAAACGGGUAUUGGUGAUGACAAAUGACUACUAUUAUACAGACAUCAAGGGUACUCCAUUCAGUUUAGGUGUUGCUCUCUCUAGAGGACAUGGAAAAUAUUUCUUCAGAGGCAAUGUAACUGUAGAGGAAGGUUUACAUGAUUUAGAACACCCUGAUGUAUCUUUAGCAGAUGAAUGGUCCUAUUGCAACACUGACUUACAUCCUGAACACCGGCAGAUGACUCAGUUAGAAGCAAUUAAACGCUACCUUACAGGAAAAGAGCCAUUGCUGCAAUGUGAUAAAGAAUUGAUCCAGGAAGUUCUGUUUGAUGCAGUGGUGAGUGCACCAAUUGAAGCUUAUUGGACCAGUCUAGCAUUAAAUAAAUCAGAAAACUCUGACAAGGGAGUGGAAGUUGCCUUCCUUGGAACCCGGACUGGCCUAUCUCGUAUCAACCUGUUUGUGGGGCCAGAACAGCUUACUAAUCAAGAUUUUCUGACAGCUCCAGACAAGGAGAACAUUUUUAACGCUGAUCAUUUUCCACUCUGGUACAGAAGAGCUGCUGAGCAAAUACCUGGGAGCUUUGUCUAUUCAAUCCCCUUUAGUACAGAAACAGCAAACAAAAGCAACGUUGUGACAGCUAGUACUGCUAUUCAGCUUCUGGAUGACAGAAAAUCUCCAGUGGUAGCAGCUGUAGGUAUCCAAAUGAAACUUGAGUUUUUCCAGCGGAAAUUUUGGACUGCAAGCAGACAGUGUGCAUCUCUUGAUGGCAGAUGUUCUAUAAGUUGCGAUGAUGAUGCAAUUAACUGCUAUCUGAUAGAUAACAACGGAUUUAUUUUAGUUUCUGAAGACUAUAGACAGACUGGCUACUUUUUUGGUGAGGUUGAAGGGGCUGUGAUGAACAAAUUAUUAACCAUGGGCUCUUUUAAGAGAAUUACACUUUAUGACUACCAGGCCAUGUGUAGAACAAACAAAGAGAGUAGCGACAGUGCCCAUAGCUUACUGGACCCUUAUAAUGCCUUCUUUGCUGCAAUAAAAUGGAUAAUGACUGAGCUUGUCUUGUUCCUUGUGGAAUUUAAUCUAUGCAGUUGGUGGCAUUCUGAUCUAACAGCCAAAGCGCAGAGGUUGAAACAAACCCUAGAGCCCUGUGAUACCGAAUAUCCAGCUUUUGUUUCUGAACGCACUAUAAAGGAGACCACGGGGAAUAUUGCUUGCGAUGACUGUUUCAAGUCUUUUGUUAUCCAGCAAAUCCCAAGCAGCAAUCUCUUCAUGGUGGUAGUAGACAAUGAAUGCUUCUGUGAUUCUGUUCCACCAAUUACCAUGGCACCUAUAGAAAUAAGGUAUAAUGAAUCCCUUAAAUGCGAACGCUUAAAAUCGCAGAAGAUUAGAAGACGCCCAGAAUCAUGUCAUGGAUUUCACCCUGAAGAAAAUGCAAGAGAAUGUGGUGGUGUCCUAGGCCUUAGUGCUAAACGUCCUCUUGUUCUUCUUCCUCUGUUUUUGACAAUUCUCUCAAGGUGACGUUGACUGAUGUGUAAAAUUGGCAUGCUAAUACAUGGAUAAACUGUGACCUGGGAAAUGGUGCAACAUUAAGGACAUGAAAUAUAGUCAGAGCAUCAGCAUUUCAUGAUUUUAAACUGUUGGUGAUGUAAAUUCUUAAAGACAUGUUGAAAAAAAAGAUUUAUCUUUUUACUUUGCAAGUCAUGCAGAUGUUAAUUUGGCAUUUGGUGGUCAUGAUUCAUAAGACAAGGACUUGGUAGGUAGACAGAGGUGACCAUUGCUUUGCCCCAUUGAAAAUAAUUUAAAACUGUGUACUUUUUUUCAAUAAAGUAUAUUAAAAUCACA